UCCAAACAGAGCAGACUCACGGUCCUAUAGUGAUACCGUUUCACCUAGUGGCAGAGUUAUAGUUUCCACAAGACGUAACUAUAUAGGGUCGAUUUUAACCGCCGAGUUUCUUCUGAAGUGAUCAGUGCAGAAAAGGGGCAUCUUCAGUGGCGUCUUUUACCAAGAACACUUACCUGACAAUCAUCAUUUAAGACGCACAAGCCAGUUAAACGCCACCACAACCGCAACAUUACCUGCCCUUGUUAUUUGCAUACUUGCUGCCCGAAAACUCCCUGAAAUUAUACCGAGGAAAUUGACAAUUAUGCCCUUCCGUAGCAUUUAAAUUAGUUUGGGACCAAUUCGGCGCUUCUGGCCAAAUCGAUAAAGGCGCUGACGAUGUGAUUUUCCUCGACCUUCUGUCCGAAGCAAAAGGAGAAAAAAAACACACACAAGAUGCAUGGUUCGGCCGGACUUCACUCGGCCAUGGCCAUCAAACGGCAGCGGAGGCUGCGUGAACAGGCCAAGAAGAGGGAGCGAGAACGAAGACUGUCCUCCCGCACGAGCAGCAUGGACAGCAUCGACCACCCCCCAUCCAAGAAAGUGUCGUCGAGACCUCCAGCCGACCCCACCUUGGCCUCCGGCAUCGGGAUGCUCCACAUCGGGGUCUGCUUCCUGGUGUUCGGCCUCUUCCUCAUCGGUUCUGGCCUCCUGCCCGACGACAUGAUGUCCUGGACCACCGGAGGCUGGUGGAACGAGCUGGUAGCAACAGGUAUCUUCGUUGUGUUUAUAGGAAUCUUCCUGUUGAUCCUCAACCUCAUCGUGAGCAAGAGGGAGGAAGAGGACCUCAACGAAUACGUCCAGAGGCAGCUGACUAGAUCCAGGAGCGGCCAUAGGUUGGAGAGGGACGUGGAAACCGGCUGUCUGACCACCAAGAUCCACCGGAAGGCUAUGGAGAAGAAACGGGAGGAUAAAGAGAGGGGAGUGGACCUCACCCCCAUUCAUUCGCCCUUCAACAAAAACGCUCCCCCGCACAGUCUGCAUAUACAGAACGGCGAGGCACAUUUAGAAAAAAUUCUAGAGGAAGACGUGUUCGAGAGGGAUGAUAUGAGACAUACGGAUCUUAGGGAAACGAUAUCUAACACCACCACCGCGAGCUUGAGUCCCGGUUCGCCCUCAGAAACCAGAGAGUUGAUCAUAAACGGUAGACAGUACAGUUUCAAUUCGAGGCAGUAUUAGUGUGGAUUAUGCACAAUUUUUAUCAGCUCAACUUGUUCUAUAUUUUUCUAUUUGUUCGAAUAUUCGCAGUCAAAGUGUCUAAUAGCGUGCUUUCUGCUUGAAAUCUGAACUUUAAUGGUCGAAUAUUGAAAAGAAUGGAAAGGACUUUCAGGGUAGGAAAAACAUUUUUGAAAAUCGCCUGAUAGAUAGUGGUUCCUUAGAAAAUAUCUUCGAAUUUGAAUGAGGAAGAAGCUUUAUAUAAUGCAUUAUUAAAAAAAAGUUAUUCGUUUCAGUAAAAUUUGAAUUAAUCACAAAAUUGAAUAAAACAAUGAGAAGAUGUAAAUUUUGAGGGUAAAUCAGGUUAAUUCAAUUUUUUUCUCAGCACCCUGAUCGUAUUCUUCUCAUUUUGUAGCUGCAGCAGACAGGAAAAAGGCCCUGAACAUGAGCUGAUUUUUUGGAGAGAGAUUGGUUCUUUAUGAAUAGAAAAAAUCAACUUUUUUCUAUCUACCGUGAAUGAAUUUUAUUAUUAAUUCUUGUAAAUCCAAACUUUUUUAUUCUUCGAAUGAUUUCAACCCAGGUCAUUUUUUCAACUAAUUCGAGGUCGUAGAUUAUGAAUAUGCAAUCAGAUUUUUCCUAUGACCAAUAUUUGGGAAAAGUAGUGGAAAAAUUGGGGAAAAAU